GAAAGAGACGCAAGAGAAAUGGAAAAAUCGCGGCGGACAUUUUGAAGGCAAAAGUGAAUUUGAAGGGAAUUUUACUGCGCUUUUUAUCGUGUGAAUAAACGUUAAAACUGGAAAAAUCUGUCGUUAAAAGAAGCAUUGAACAGCGUAGAUAGCGGAACGUAUAUUAUCUGCCCGGGGGAUGUGUUAAUUCGGAAGAAAUCUUGGAUGCAAAAUUUUUUCCAAGUGGCUGGCUGUCGCAAGUCGUCCGGAGUCGACGACGCAAAGGAUUUUUCUCAUCUUCCCCCUCGUGUCCCGCAUUCUAUUGUGUGUAAUCUGUGUGUUACAAGGUAUUCAAUCAAUCAAGUAGUAAAGCUGCGAAGAGAAGAAAACUAUUCAGGCUGCGACCGGACGGGAUUGGUGUGAAUCAUCUGAAGGAUCCGUUUCUCGGGUGCUAGAAAACUACUCUUCCCCCCGACAUUUGUUUAGGUUGCAGCAGCAAACCACAGAGAAUAAGCAUCGACUCGAGUCGUCAGCUUCUAGCCGUAAAAGAUUUCGCACCGAUGUGAAGCCGAGAAGCGUCCAUAUGCGACCCUCAUCUUUCUCUCAGUACGUUCGAAGGAUCCACCGGAUGCGUUCGCUGGGACGACAGCGAAUUACUUAAAGAGACACACCAAGUCGUACAGAAGAAAACCUGAUCGAUUGUGAGUUCGUUUCAAUUUUACACAUAAAAUUUCAAUCAUGGAUCCAGUAGGUCCAUGGUCAUAUUCGUAUAACCGACAAACGGGUGCUGCUAGUGGUGAGUUCCAUCAUCACUUAGCAACAGCCGCUGCUGCCGGUGGUAUCGGAUUGGCAGCAGCCCACAAUUCAUCGGUAGGAGUUCCGUCUACCACCUCCCAGUUACUGUUGCAAGCGGCCCAUACAACAUCGCUCGGAUCCUCGUCAGGACCGUUCAAUCCUCCCGGAUUUCUAUCACCACCUGGAGUGACCUAUGACUCAGUUUUUACUCCACUUUUUCAUCCCGCCGCAAAUCCAAAGCCAGCUCACUACAGUUCGACUAUUAACCAACAUCGGGUGUUAGCCCAAGCCCAGGCACAGGCCGUUAAACAAGCCAGUGAUACUGAAGUGCUGCGAGAUAACUACACCACUCAUCAAACAUUGGCAGCGGCUGCUCAGGCUGCCAAUUUCUUCGAACAGCAACAGCAACAACAACAGCAGCAACAGCAAACCUCCAACACCAGUGCAUCCAGUAGUGGUUCAUCCCAGGGCAGCAGCUCAUGGCAAGGGAACAACCAGAUAACAAACUCAUUCGGCAUUAUGCCACAUGAGAAUGUAGUCCAGUCCAGCACAUCAACGUCGAAAACGACGACUUCAACAUACGAAAACUUCAAUGCCCAUUUCUCCAACAUCAACCAGCAGCUAAACUCACAACUGGCUGCCAAAACCGCUGUCCGGUCGGCAUCGCCCGCAGUGAAUAGUGGCAACAACAGCACAGGUUCAUCCAAAACUACUACCAACUAUUUUGCAUCGUCCAACUCCAGUGCGCAGCAGUACAGCGGGGUGAACGAUUCUCUCGCUAACUACUCCAACCCACAGCAGCAUCAGAGUAACAAACAGCUCGAUUACGGUGGCGGUGGCAGUAAGUCUCUGUCGUCCUCUUCUGGCACAGGCAGCGGUUCGUCUUCGCUUCAACAGAAUUCUUCGCCCUCUUGCAUUGUUAUCACACCAGUUUCUAGUUCCAUCAACUCCCCAACUUCUCCCCUAUCAUCUCCUUCUUCCGUCGCGACAAAUGCGAAAGAUUACAAAUUUCAGUCUCGCAUUGUACCAUCUCAAACACCUCUUGUGAAUUCCUCCAUCGUCUAUGCAUCUCGCAAUGCCCACCAUCUACCUGUUGCCGCUAGCAGUUUGAUUGAUCCUAAAACCCGAUUACUGCCAGCAGGUCUUCAGAAUCAAUCACAUCAACUGCUCCAACAAGUCCAGCAACAGCAUUCCCAUCAGCUACAGCAAAUGAGCAGCUUUGUUUCACCGCCAUCCUCCGCCUCUCCGCCCCUACAGCUUAACAACAGCAAGGGAUCUCACAAAGGAUCUACACAGUCAAAAGCAAUCGGUGGAGGAGGAGGCGGUGGUGGCGGUGGCUCCCUAGCUGCUACGAUCAAAUCUGAUGGCCAACAUGUAGUGAUCAGCCAUCAGCCACAAUCAUCCCCUAUCAGUUACUCGAUAACGGAUAACAGCGGGCGAACAAACAAUACGUCGUCCAACUCAGCGGCAUCCAACAAUAGGUUAAAUAGUCCCAUUAGCCGUGUAAAUAACAAUUCAAAUAGUAAUAAUAGUAAUAGUAAUGUUUCUAGGAACAAUAGUAACAGUAGUAGUAACCAUCAGCAGCAAUAUCAACAAAACAGUGCCUCUAAUAGCUAUAGGACUAGUUAUAAUCAGUUAAACGUAUCUGGUAGCAGCACUGAGUCUGUUGAUUAUGGUCGAGUAAAGCGCGAACCGCAGCAACUUACACACUCCCAACAUUUGCAAAGUCACCAGCAUCAGUACUCGAAUGGUCCGGUAGCAACAGACACCUAUGGUAAUUCGCCAGCAGGAUCAAUUCAGAGGUGUCCGCCAUCGCCGAGUCGUUCCCAACACUCUCAAGCAUCCCCCAUUAGUCACGUACCCAGUCCCGUUUAUCCCAUGUACAAUAGUCCGAUGGGGAAUACGCUUUCGUCCCCGCAACACAACAGUCAACAGCAGCAACAAUCCGUUUCUAUGCAAGCGUCGAUGCAAAGGUCGCCAUCCGCCUCGAACAUUUCCAGACAGUCGCAAUCGAGUCAAGUCCAGCAGCAACAGGCACCAUCCCAGCAACAGAUUGCCUACCCUUCUGUUAUAACGCGAGCCCAACAACAGCCGGCACCUCAACAAUCACCCCAACGAAUACCGCCUAUUACGGUGCCCACCUUGAACAACACCUGGGACAGCAGAAAUUUGCAACCCGAACGAAAUGAUCCGAUGACAAUAGUAAAAAAUUUACAGCAACCAAGUAUUUCGUCGUCUCCACCACCGCAUAGAAAUACCGCUUCAAUGACGACGACAACCCCCGAGAAGACUGAAUCGAAAUCGAGAAGGAAAAAGUCGGACACCCCGACGAGAAUUGUUCCUGCCGCAAGUGUUGCCAAUGGCGAGUUCAAUGCUAACUCAACGGUCACUAACUCGACGGCAGGAGCUGCGAGCGUCAAUAGUGCACCGACAAAAGAACAGCUGCAAAACAAUGCCAAUGCGCUUGACUUUGACCGGUGGAAUCUGGCUCCGACUCCCGGUGGUCCGGCUAAAAUAUUUCCAAACAAUAACUUCAUGUCGCAACAACCUUCUACUUCGUUUAUUCCUCCUCCACAUCCCAUUUACUAUCCCGCCUUCCAUGGUCCUAUCCCAUUGAUACCAAACGAGAUUAUCAACAGCACUUUAGCGGCCGCUACUGGUGCUAGUCUCGAUGUUCCAACCUAUACUACUUUAUUGAGUGCAUCGGAAUGCGCAAGCAAAUCCGCUCCAACCAAUAAUGAAACAAAUGCAAGUCGAAGCAGCGAAGACGAACAGACUUCCUCUAGUGCUGACAAUUGUAAUAAAGUUGUAGUUCCCAAUAUAGAGGAAGAACUUGGAUUUCUUGCAGAAAACAACUCGAGACAACAACCUGCCCAACAGCAACAGCAACAACAACCGCAGCAACAACAGCAGCAGCAGCAACAACAACAGAGCGCUUCCAAUGAUAGCAGUGCGGCAACCCCAGCCGGAAACAAUGGGACAGUUACUCCGGCCAAGAAAUUCAGUGUACCCGAUAAAGACAGCAAAGGCUUCAUGGGUAGUUAUUUGAAGUUCUUGCAGGGAGAACGUGACUCAUCGCCCCCACCAGCUGCUAGAAGUAAUCGCAAAACCACCUGGACACGCCCAGCUGGUAAUGCUAACAAUAGAAAUGCUGGCAAUGCUGCAAAUAAACAAACCGCAGCAGCAGCAGCUACAACAGCAGGUGCGGCAGCAACUACAAAUCAACAACAACAACAGCAGCAACAACAAACUGGCCAAACGCAACAACCACAAGAUGUUAGUAACGGUAUGCUUCUGGCUGAACAGUAUAUGUCUAAUUUCCAUAUUCCAAAUCUGCAGAACAAACAACCAGCCAGCACUGCGCAGCAAAAUCAACAACACCAAGCACAGCAACAGCAACAACAACAACCACAACAGCAGCCUGACCCGCGAUACACGCCAUACCAGGCGGCGACCAAGGAUAACCGGAAACGCAAAUACGACACGAAUGAAGGUAAUAGCCCAGCAGCUUAUGACACCGCUGCUGGCAUUAGCGCCGAUACAGCGAGUGUCUACAAUUCUAUGCGUAACCAAAAUACGGCUGUAGCAGUGGCAACGGCAGCUGCUGCGGCUGCUGCUGCCGCUGCUGAGCUGCAGAAGAAAAUGGUACAGCAACAACAACAGUUGCAAAAUGCUGCAGUAGCAGCAGCCCAACACCAAACGUCACCUUCGGUUGGCUCGCUAUCGUCUUCCUCCACCUCGUCUCAAUCCCAGCUCGCGCAGCACACCAGCAACCAGCAGCAGAAUCUGAUCAUGUCUCCCACGGCUCAGCACCUACUUACUUCGGCUGCUGCGGCCGCUGCCCUCAAUCCCAGUAGUCUCCCCGUAACCCAUCCCUCUCAUCCACACCAUCAACAACUGCAGCAGCAGAUGAUGCAACAGUCCUACUAUCAUCAUGCCGCAGCUGCCCAGCAGCCAGACGAAGGUGCAUUCAGUUUGUUUGAUCUACAUCUCAGACGCCAGAGGUGGUAACUAUUUCCUUCGUAGCUCACCUCAACUUCUGCUUUCACUUCGCCUUUCUCCUGGAUUGUGCCAUUAGAUCGUGCAACUCUAUCCCUGCCAUAACUUUUGAUUGGUGUGUGUGAAUAGUACAAAAGUGAUUCCCAGUAGCGGCAAUGGGAAUAACGUGGGUCCGAUCUACAUUUAGCUGCAAAUAGUGCAUUUCUAUUCUUCUAGAAGAAUAACAACUUUUUCGAAAUCAAUACUAUGAUUGCUUAUGAAAAUGCUGGCUCGGGUGCUACCAGAUAAUGUGUAUAAUCUUUUUUUUUUUUUUUCUUAUUCAAAGCAUUGAGUUCCACUCACUAUAUAGGAGAAAACACAAAUCAGUUGAGUUAUUUAAGCAUACCUUAUGUAUGAUGAACGCAUUAAUUAAGAAUUUCCCAGGCUUUCCACCGUAAAUUAUUUUCUUUAUUCUUAGAUCAAUACUGACCACAGCCAAACUGAUAGCGAUAAAUAAAAGGUGAGUCAAAUUGAAAAACAAAAAAACAAAACGAAAAUCAUCGCAAGCAGUUUGAACGCGGAUGCUCGACAAUAUUCUAAAGAUACCUGUAUAUUUUUCCACAACACAAAUGAAAUAGAAUUUCCCUUCUUAAUUUUUUAACGCUGAACACAAAGAUCAAGCUACAUAAAGUUUUAACACUCAACUGUAUUGAUUUCAGUUGGUAUAAAAUGGCAAGGCCACAUACACCAUAUUUCAAACAGCUUGAAGGGUUCGUUUCGUUGCCUACAAUUAGGGAAUCUCUGGAUUGAAGAUUUGACGAGGUAAACGAUAAGAAUGAAUUAGAAUUCAUUGAAAAAACUAAUACUCGCAACUUGAGCGAGUUGUCUCUGUGAUAUGAAACCAUUAGGUUUGCACUUAGAUUUGAAAUCAAAACUUUGGGGCAAAGAUAUAAAAUUCAAGAAUAAUCAACAAUAUUAAGAACUAAAAAGGCACAACACCGAUCAGAUAAGUUUUUUAACUGUUGCGCGCAAAGUAAAUGCUGCACUGUUACUGUUGUCCCGUGAAAACAAGCGAGGACCCGAAGUUAUGUGACUGGUUAAUGAUGUCUCGGCAUUGUGAACAACACAAAUAACACAGAAAAGGAAGGGUAACAAUAUUGUAAAUAAAACAUGUAUAGUGCGUCUAUCUAACAUACACACUGGUAUCAGCAAAUGUAAUAUUCAUUGUAGCAGUGAGAAAGGGAAAAUUAUAUUUACUAUUAAUUUAACAUACUUUUCUGUUGUUUAGUUGACUAAGAUUUACAGUGCGUGACACCCAAUUGUAAAAAACUAAAAACUAAGACAAAAGGUAAAGAGCAAAAUAAUAAAACACACUAAACAUUGUAAACAUGAAAAUACAAAACUCUGAACAGUAAGAAGCAUACUAGGAAUAGGAACAACAAAGCAGAGUUUAGAGAGCCAUGUGCCGACAUCCGCUAUUAAUAGACUUGGCUCUAACUAGCAGAUCAACUAAACAUACGCUCUGAAGCAGCUUAAAAUUGUUGUUUUUAGUUUUUUAAUUGCCGAAAACAACUGAUAGGAUACUAUUAUAACUAAAAUUAUAAAACAUUUGCGUUUCAUAACUUCGUAAGUCAAGAAUGAAGAAAAUGUGGAAAGAAAAAGAUGCAGAAUAUAAAACGUUUAUUAAAGAAUUGUAAAUUGUUUUCAUUGACUCAACGGAUCUGGAUCUGGUUAGCUUCAAAAUGGGGAAAGGGGCUUUCGGUUAGAAUUAAGAAAAAGAGAGUAGCACAGAGGUAGCACCCACGCCAAGGCAUAAUCAUAAACCAAGCAAUACAAACAUUGAUGAUGAAAUUGAAACCUGUCCAUAACUAAUUCUAAGAAAACAAAAUCUUUUGAAAGAUUUUUUUUAUCAUUUCAAUUUAGUUUCUAAACGUGAUACUACGUAAUUGUUAUUAUCUCAUACGAAAUUUCAAUUUCAUUCAAUGUUGAUAGUAUGAUUUAGUCGCUCAGGACAUUCGUACAUUUCUGUACCCAAAAUUGAUCGAACAAACUGAAGAUACCUCUGUCUGCACCUUUUUCUUUGGCUCGAACCUUACACCGUGCUAACUGGAAGGGAGCGCAGAAUAUCCGAAACGUCCUUGAAUGCUUGAAUCAUUUUUCCCCAGCCAGCUGCCGUUUGAGACGAGAGGACAGGACAGGACAGACGACGAUGGAGCAACUGAAGGCGGCAGAUUGUACAAUGGACGGAACGACUGCGAGAGUGGGUGUAGCUACCAUUUUCUGCUGAAUC